AUGUCUGGCUCGUCAUUGAUACGAGCCUUGGAUUCCCAUGAUCGAGCGGAGACGGAACGACUUCUACAAUCACAACCGACAGAAGUAUCCUUACGAGAUUCGGAGGACCGUGUCGCUUUACAUUAUGCCGCGGAAACUAUGGAUUUGGAGAUGUUUCAGAAAAUUCUCGAACAAGAUCCUUCGUUGUUAGAUUGUGAAGAUAAAAAUGGGCAUACUCCGUUACUAAUGGCAGUAAUGGGCGGUCGGAUAGAGCUCGUUGAAUUCUUGCUCUCAAAGGGCGCAAACAUAGCUCAUUGUGAUCGAGAAGGACAUUCAGCCGUACAUUGGGCGGUUGUGUGUGGACAGCUCGAAACAUUGACAUACCUCAUCUCUAAAGGAGCAGAUGUGGAAGCACCAGAUGUCUUGAAGGCCACUCCACUCCACUAUGCGACAGCCAGCGAGGAAAUUGCUACGGAACUGGCCUUGUCCAUUCUUCAUACGCUACUCAAACACGGAGCGAAACCAAACUGUCGCGACAUCGAUGAGAGAACACCUAUAUUGUGGGCAGCAAGCAACGGCAAUUUGGAGGCGAUGCACUCACUGAAGCAAGCAGGAGGUGAUCUCAAGGCCGUGGAUCGAGAUCGUCUUGGUGUCAUCCAUUGUGCGGCUAGUCACGGUUACCACGAGACAAUCGACUUCAUCAUGGAAACGGUGCCGCACUUUCCGGUCGAUCAAAGAGAUCGAGCCGGGCACACCGCCCUGUUCUAUGCGGUCACCUACGGUCAUUUUGAAGCGGCAAAACGACUCUUGGAUUACGGUGCAAAUCCGAACCAUCAGGACCACCGCUUGCGAACACCGUCUCAUUGUGCAGCAGCGAAAGGUCAAAUGCGGAUGCUGAAGCUACUUAAACAGUACAACGCCUCCUUUGAAAUCCAGAAUUAUCGCGGGGAUCUACCGGUGCAUGAAGCUGUGCAGACCGGCAGUAAAGACGUUGUUGAAUGGCUAUUAGCGCUUCAACCGUCUUCUGUAAACGCGGCCAGUCACGAAGGACGUACAUGUCUUCAUUUGGCGGCAGCGCAAGGGAAUUUGGAGAUGGUAAUACUGCUCUGCACGAAAGGUUGCUUUGUCAACCCAUUGAUGUUGUUCAAGAAUAAUCUCUAUACGCCUCUGGAUCUUGCCCGACGUAAGGACCAUCAGGUAGUUGUGGAUUAUUUGUCAACGAAGCACGAAGCUAAGGGUGCCGAAGAAAUUCCUGAAAAAGAACGCGAAAUGAAUCGUACGUCAUUCGAGGAGCAACUGGUACAGGCAAAACUAGCUCGGGGACGACACCUCCACGAUGAAGACGAAGAAAAUGAGGCAUUAUUGAGGAAAUCGAAAGCAAAACGGAGGAGAAGCUCGGAAGCGUUAGAGCUACGCCAUGAAACGACAAGCACUGGAGUGAACACUUCGGAUCGAAGGAUAUCGUCUGCUGAUUCACAUACGAGAACCACAAUCCCGAAAUCGACGUCAACCACGGAUUUACCUCGCGCAGAUUCGACGGACGAUGAUAGAAUAGAGCAGAUCAUACGCGAAGAAAUCCAGAAGGUUGCAAUGGCGAAGUUGGAGGCAUCCAAUAAGGAGGGUGAAAGUAAAACUGGAGAGUCAGCUGGAGAUUCGUCAGAGCAAAAAGGAACCGGGAAGGAAAAGCGUUCAGUUUUCGAUGCAGACAUCGACGAAGAAUUCGAGGAGCUACCACCGAUCAGCGACACAAGUGAUGAAGAUUACGACUACUACAUUGGGUACAACAGACAAGACGGAAAUGCUAAUUCUGACGAAGAUCAUGACGACGAUGAGGAUAGGAUCCAGAAGGAGAACAUUGCUCAUGCAAGUAUACUCAAACGUAGCAAGAGUGGAGAACGACCAAAUAAGAUGGACGGAAAGAGAGCAGGGACAAGGAUCAUAUCAAGUAAAAUGAAACGAUCGACGAAUGAUGGCGGGAAACUUGUCCGAUUAAAAGGAGAGAAGAAGGAAAAAAGCAGAAAACCACAAACGGAUCCUCACAUGUUAAUAAGAGUGCAUAGAAUGUCGGAAACGAGUGGAGACGCAGGAGAUUUCGACGUUUACGAAGACGACUGGGAGGAAUUAGGUGCGAAAAGAUCGACAGGUAAAGAAGCUUCUCGACGGUACAUCCAUGAGAAGGCAAUUUUCCAGGAGUUGACGCACUUAAAGAGAAUGCAGAUCCAAUAUGGAAAAGUACAGGAGCGGAUCCUGGUCCGAUCAUUGGUGAGCAACUUCUGCAAGAUGCAUGGAUUAGACCCAGCAUAUUUCAAAUUUCAAACUUUCUACUCAUGGGAGAAAUUUCUUUACGACACGCUUUCAGACCAGCUCAAAUUGAUCUACAUGGAAGAACGACAGCGACUGACACAGGCUCGAGCUGUACCACCGGUACGUACGACAAUGAUCGACCGAUUCGACACACGAAUUCGUCAAGCACGUGCAAUUCCAAUCGUAAAUGACAGCGUUGAACGAAUGAGGAGAGUUUACAGUAAUAGUACAAUGACAAAUAAUAGGUCUUAUGUAAGAAAGAAGGAGGAAAAGACGUCAACCAAAGAAGGUGGGAAGCGAUGUGACUGUCUUGAAAAGCAUACGUCAACAAAAAAGAAAUCGUAA